CCGGGCCCUUUUACCAUGAGAGAUGGAUUACCGACUGCAACUUUAGUUCACUGAAUGGCACAAGAGGGCAGCUGCUUAGAUCUCAGGGAUGUUGCAGGCAAGUCGAAAACUUAACCGAGCAGAAAUUCGGCCAGGCAUUAUAUAAUUUUGCGUCGUAUCGGCGUAUAUUAAGAAAAAUUCCAGCUUACGCUGAAAAGUGGAUGUGGCUACGUAGUUUACAUCCCACCUUCUCAGUUGGCGUUAGUGCGCCGAAGGAUUUUACAAAAAAAAAUUCCAGAUUCUCUCUGGUAGUUCUCUGGUCACUGCUGGCCACUGAUACGCCGACGCUGGUGCGGGGCAGCUCUUUUCAGGAGGCGAUUCAUGAUUGUGUUGGCUCUUUCCAUUCUAACAUGAUCACGUGAUCACGUGACAAAUGUGAACAAGAUACUUGCAAGUUUUAGGAUUAUUGUCUGACAUGACUAAAGUAGAAGAAAUUGCUGAAGUAAAGACGCUCACAGACGCGGAACGCGAUGAGAGGCUUUGCAAUGAAGUCAGCAACUUCCUUCCACGGAUCGCCGAUAGAAGUUCAAAGGAGAAAAUUACAAUGGCAGACGUAAUGCCGCAGAUUAUCGCCAGCUGUAUAAUUCAUUGUAUAACCAUAAAGGCUGGUAUAAACAUGGCUUACAGCACCAUCUUGUUAGACGGAUUAGAAUCGGACGCUGCUGAUAUGAGAGUGACCGAGAGUGAAGGAUCUUGGAUCGCGAGUCUAGUUACAAUAACGUUGCCAGUAGGAUCUCUCAUUGCUGGGCCUCUGAUGGAUAAGUUUGGGCGCAAAGUAGUUUGUUUAUUGUCCUGCGUGCCCGCGGCGAUAUCGUGGACUUCGUUGAUAUUCGCCAGCUCCUUAGUUACUAUUUACGCGGCUCGAGCCGUAGCCGGAAUCGCAGCGGGCCUGACAACCGUCGGCCUGGUCUACAUAUCGGAACUCGCGCAUCCGCAAGUCAGGCCGAUGCUUCUGUGCCUUAACUCCGUGUUCGUGUCGCUGGGCAUAUUGAUACCCUGCUGUCUGGCCGUAAUGCUGGACUGGCGCAAGAUGGCUAUAAUUUUCCUCGCAUUAGAGUGUUGCAUUUUCCUAAUACUUUACUUGGUGCCUGAGAGUCCCUACUGGCUCGUGUGUUUCCCAAGUGGCAUGUUUAACGAGGAACGAAUUUGCAGAAUGAAGCGCAGCUUGAGGCGGCUUAACAGGAGGCAAGCGAUUUACGAGGAAGAGUAUUCGCGGAUCAUGGAGACCUGCGGGAGGAAGAACGCGGCGAGCGACGAGGCGGCGAAAAGUGUCCUAGUGUCCUUAAAAAAUUAUUACCACGUAUUCACGUCCCCGGCGGCCUGUAAACCCUUGCUGAUACUCUUCCUACUUUUGUUGCUGCAACAACUGUCCGGCUCCUACGUGGUCAUAUUUUACGCCAUCUCCGUCUUCCGCGAAAUGGGCGGGACAUUCGGCACGAGUCUGAACGAGCACGGCGCGCUCGUUAUGCUGGGUAUCAUUCGAUUCAUUAUGAGUAUAAUAACCGUUUUUUGUAGUAGAAGAUACGGCAGGAGAGUCCUCUGCAUCUUGAGCGGGAUUGGAAUGGCCAUUUCUAUGCUUCUCUCCGGAAUGUACCUGCAUUUUGCGGUGCGCUACGAUGAGAACGAUAACACGGAGGAGACAGUUGCGGGCCAGAAGUGGCUGCUGCUGUUCUUCGUCUUAUCGUACAUCUGCACCAGUUCGCUCGGGUUCACAGUCAUACCGUGGACAUUGAUCGGGGAACUGUUGCCCGUGUCCGUACGUGGUAUCGGCGGGGGCCUCUUGGUUUCUCUCGCUUACAUAAUGAUGUUUGCUGUUAUAAAGAGCUAUCCGUACGUUGUGAAAAGCAUGAGCAUCGAGGGCAUCUUUUUCUUUUUUAGCUUCAGCUCUCUCGCUGGUACAGCUUUUGUAUACUUUUUCCUGCCCGAAACUCUGGGCAAGUCGCUUUCCGACAUCGAGAGAUUCUUCUCCUCCGCGGGAGGGGGGAGGACGCGCGAUGUUAACUCUAGAAAUCCCUGAUUUUGCCGCUUUCACUUUGGUUUUACUUGUGUGCGUGCUGCAUGGCGUAGUAUUUGCAAAGGGGACUGUCGGGGGGGAGGUGAGGCGGUUAAUAACAUGUACAGGAGACAUUUGAAUGUCUCGAUCUUGACAAUAAUAAAUUGGAAGAAAUGUAAUUGGUAGAAUAA